AUGGCGCAGGCACUCUUCGACGCGUUGGGAGUUGGGAUGGACAACCAGACUGCUCUGGCUGUGCAGUCACUACUGGAUAGCCAGAGUAGUGUCCAGGAUCAGUCAACCAGUGCAGCUGAGGAGGAAGAUGUUUUCCAGUGUGGUAAGUGCAAGAAACAGUUUUCAAAUCUCCCAGCAUUUAUGGCUCACAAGAGGGAAAGAUGCUUACCAGUACUGCAGCAAAACCAACCAAGACCUGUUAGCGUAACAACCACACAUGCAUUACCAAAUCCUAACAGUGCAUUUACUACAUCAGUACAGCACCACACUCUCAAUAGGCAAGUUGCUUAUCCAGUAGCAGUGUCUGGACCAGUUCCUUCAUCGCCGCUGACACAAAACAUGAAUAUGUUAAAUGAUGACAUGUUGAUGUCAACAUUCGGCAGUAUGGAUCAGUCUACCUUGCCAACCACAGCGUUUCAGACCGGAGCAUUUCAAAGUACUCCAGUACAGACUGGACCUUUUCUUCAUCAAGUUCAGCCACAAAGAACCAGUUCUAUACCUACCACAGUUCAAACCGUACAACCUGGUGGUUUCUCGACCGUGAAUGCAGCAGCUCUGACCAAUACAGUUACCACCCUCCAGCACACUCAGAUUGUACAGUCAAUACAACAACAACAGCCUCAUAUGACUCAAAUUAGUGUAGCCCAAGUACAAAAGCAGCCAAGCCCUCCAAAGCAGAUGCAACCAACAUCGAAUAGACCCAAUGUAAAUGUCAUCACUGAUGUACAGGCUGUAGCAAAAAGACGGCGUAAUGCCAAUCAAGAGAGCGUGAAGAAACCAGGCAAGUUGAAGUGCACCUUCUGUGAUAAGACCUUCAACAAAAACUUUGACCUGCAGCAGCACAUUCGGAGCCACACAGGUGAGAAGCCAUUUCAGUGCAUUGUGUGUGGUAGGGCUUUUGCUCAGAAGUCCAACGUGAAGAAGCAUAUGCAGACACACAAAGUGUGGCCUCAUGGGACUGGUAACACUCUGCCAAAGCAGGUACCUGGUGGCACAUCGGAUGUCUCUGAUGAUGAGUCAACCCAACAGUCGUCUGAAAACGCCACUUCACCAGUACAGAUGCAACAUCAAGUGGAGAAGAGUAUAGACACAGACAAAGACGGUAUUGGUAUUGUGGUGGUUGUUGACAAUUCUUAUCUCUGUCAAUAUUGUCCUAUGACAUUCAAGUCCUAUUUCCAGUUAAAAUCACACAUGACACAACAUAAAACAGAACAGGUGUAUAAAUGUAUACUGAAAACAUGUGGGAUGACUUGGAAAGACUUGGAUAGUUUCCUGGAGCAUACUAAAACCCAUGAGAAUGAAAUGUCAUACAGAUGUCACCUAUGCAAUAAACAUUUCCCAUCUCUAUAUGAGUUAGGUGUUCAUCAGUAUUCUCAUAGCUUAUACCCUAACCAAGGACCAAAACCUGGACCAAGAUACUUCCGUUGCAAUAAGUGUAUGAAUAAAUAUGCUACCCCAGAAGCUCUAGACCAUCACUUAGCAACUACCAGCCAUAGCUAUCCCUGUCCUAACUGUGAUAAAGUAUUUCCAUGUGAGCGAUAUCUGCGGAGGCAUCUACCUGUUCAUGGAACAAUGGGUGAACACGUCUGUGAUCACUGCAAGAAACGAUUCAAGACUGAACACUAUCUGAAGAUGCAUGUUCUGAUACACACAGGAGUCAAACCGUUCAAGUGCGAACAGUGUGAAGCAGCAUUUAAUCGCAAAGAUAAACUUAAGCGUCAUUUAUUGAUUCAUGAUCCCAUCAAGAAAUUCAAAUGUCCUUUCCGCACUCACACUGGAUGUACAAAGGAGUUUAAUCGGCCAGACAAGCUGAAAGCACACAUAAUAGCUCACAGCGGGAUUAAGCCCUACAAAUGUAAGUAUUGCAGUAAGAGUUUCAGUCGUAAACCACACAUGCUGGAACAUGAGCGUAUGCACACAGAUGAUUACAACAUUAGGUGUGAGAAGUGUAAAAAGGGAUUCGCAAGAGACAAGUAUUUAAAAGAACACAAGUGCCGACCAGGACGUGAAGCGAAGAAGAUCAAAGAGGUACGAGAUGAUAAUGAGGAAGAUGAGGAAGAAGUAGUGGUGAUGAAGAAACCCGCGCCCAAACGAAGAACAACAAGAGUUAAGAUAACUGAGAAAACACAAACUAGUCGAAGAAGUAUCCGUAAGCGCGGUCGACCACCUCGUAAAGUUACUAAAGUGACAACAAUAGUUACUGAGGUUGAGGAGUCUCAUAACAGUACCAGUGCAGAAGACAUUCAGAAAGAUCUUGAGAGAAUUAAAGCCCAGAUGAUUCAGAAUAAAACCACAGAGAGCAUAAUGACAGUGGAGAACAUGCAAAAGGAUAUGGGUGGAGGAGGAGACGCUAUGGUGUCCUUGACAACAGAUGAGAUUGCAGAAAUGGAUGCUGAACAUUUAGACACAGGUUCACUAGGUGAUAGUGUAGACGCAUCAUUGCAAUCCAAUGACAGCAACCAGGCCACUUUAGCAGCAGCAGUCGCAGCACAGGAUGCAAGUAUAGCUCCUGGUACUGAAGCAUCGUCAGGUGAGACAGCAACAUCAUUAUUAGAGAGUACGUCCAUGACAGAUUGUACAGAAGAUAGCGGGGUACCCAUUGCUUAUAGAUACUUUUCAUCGUCCACCGGAGAUGGACUUUCCUAAAACAUUAUAUUUGUAAAUAAUCA